AUGGCUAAAACUGGGAGCUUUAAACUCAGUCAUUUCUCGGCCUACGACUUGCUGCCGAGGAACAGCCUACAGGAUAGCGAAGACUAUCCGGUCUGGCCGAAGCGCAAAAACCGCUUGCAGCACUUGUGGGGAGACGGCUUCUCGUGUGCCGAAUACAAAAUCAAACCCUCUCAUCUGCAAAGGAUCCACAGAGCUGCCGUCAGUGGUAAGCUAGAGAAACUGGACACCAUUCUGAUCACGGAAAAUUGCAUCAAUGACAAAGACAAGAAGAACAGGACUGCUCUACAUUUGGCCUGUGCCACUGGCCAAUAUCAAGUGGUAGAACUCCUGGUGCUCAACAAUUGCCAGCUUAACCUCCUCGACAGUGAAUGCAGGACACCUCUGAUCAAGGCUAUACAACUUAAGCAGGUGUCUUGUGCAACUUUUCUGCUGGAAAAAGGUGCCGAUCCAAAUGUUAUGGAUUACUAUGGCAGGACUGCUCUACACUAUGCUGUGUAUAAUGAAGAUACAGCCAUGAUAGAAAGACUGCUUUCACAUGGUACAGAUAUUGAAAGAAGCAGCAAGGAAGAACCUCCACCACUUUUACUUGCUGUGAGUCAAGGAAAACUGAAGAUGGUGGAAUUUUUAUUAAAGAAAAAUGCAAAUAUAAAUGCACUUGAUUCACUUAAAAGAUCAGCCCUCACACUUGCUGUUCGUCUUGAAAAAAGAGAUAUAGUCGUUCUUCUUCUGCAGCACAAUAUUGAUGUGUUUUCUCUAGAUGUCUAUGGGAAGACUGCAGAAAAUUAUGCUGCUGCUGCUGAAAAUGAAAUCAUUCUCAAACUAAUUUCUGAAUACAAAGAAGAAAAGAAAUCUAAAGCACUUUCUAUAAAUAGCAAUCCAGUGUCUUCUCAGGAACAACUGGCCUCAAAGGCUACAAGUGACAAGAAAGACUGUGUUUCGAAUAUAGCCACAGAAAUAAAGGAUGGACCAAAAUCUGGGACAGUGUCUUCUCAGGAACAACUGGCCUCAAAGGCUACAAGUGACAAGAAAGACUGUGUUUCGAAUAUAGCCGCAGAAAUAAAGGAUGGACCAAAAUCUGGGACAGUGCAUCCUGCUGUUGACAAGCAUUUAAACAGGCGUCUCUUCAAACCGGUUGUUUUUGUCAAGCCUGUGCAAGAGUGUGAUUCUGAUUCUGAUUCUGAUUGUCUGAUUAUUGGAAAACCACGUGAAAUAAAGAGGAUUCGUUAUGAAGAUUCUUUACAAAAUUUGUCAUUUCUGAAACAAACAGCCUUGAGGGCUACAAGUGACAAGAAAACAUCUGUUUUAGUUAAAGUCAGAGAAAUAAAGGAUGGAGACAAAUCUGGGACAGUGUCUUCUCAGAAACAACUGGCCUUGACGGCUACAAGUGACAAGAAAGAUCCUGUUUCUAAUAUAGCCACAGAAAUAAAGGAUGGAUCAAAAUCUGGGACAGUGCAUCCUGCUGUUGAGGAGCAUUUAAACAGGUGUCUCCAGAGACCGGAGGUUGGUGCAAAGCCUGUGCCGGAGGAUAAGUCUGAAUCUGGUUCUGUGGAGAAAAGCAGAGAGAGAUCUGGCACACCCAAGGAGAAGGGAACACCAUGUGACCACAGUGGCAGAGACUGGAACGAUGCGUCCAUAAACCUAGGAGUGCCAGCUGCCAACAGAAAGAGGCAAGGAAUGGAUUCCUCCCCAGAUCUACAGAAAGAGCACAGCCUGGGUGACAACUUGACUUUGACCAGAGAUACUGAUUUUGGAAUUCUGACCUCCCGAACUGUACUUAUUGAAAAACCACAUGAAAUGAAGAGGAUUCCUCAUGAAGAUUCUUUAGAAAAUUUGCUUCCUCCUGUUGAAGAGUGUUUUGACAGGCAUCUCUGGAAACCAGAUACUGUUGCAAAGCCUGUGCCAGAGGAUGAGUCUGAUUCCGAUUCUGAGAUUAUUGAAAAACCACGAGAAAUGAAGAGGAUUCCUCAUGAAGAUUCUUUAGAAAAUUGUUAUCAGGUUUAUUCCAGUUCAGUAGCAAAAGUUCUGUCGCUUAUCAAUUGGAUUUUCAGUUUAGCCUUUAGGGUAGAUAAUUUGUGUCUCCAGAGACCAGAGGAUGGUGCAAAGCCUGUGCCGGAGGAUGAGUCUAAUUCUGAUUCUGUGCUUAUUGAAAAAUCACAUGAAAUAAAGAGGAUUCCUCAUGAAGAUUCUUUAGAAAAUUUGUCUUCUGUGAAACAACCAGCCUUGAGGGCUACAAGUGACAAGAAAACAUCAGUUUCAGUUAUAGCCAGUGAAAUAAAGGAUGGAGACAAAUCUGGGACAGUGUCUUCUCAGAAACAGCGGGCCUCGAAGGCUACAGGUAACAAGAAAGAUCCUGUUUCGAAUAUAGCCAGAGAAAUAAAGGAUGGAUCAAAAUAUGGGACAGUGUCUUCUGUGAAACAACCAGCCUUGAAGGCUACAAGUGACAAGAAAACGUCAGUUUCAGUUAUAGCCAGUGAAAUAAAGAAUGGAGACAAAUCUGGGAGAGUGUCUUCUCAGAAACAACGGGCCUCGAAGGCUACAUGUAAGAAGAAAGAUCCUGUUUCGAAUAUAGCCACAGAAAUAAAGGAUGGAUCAAAAUCUGGGACAGUGCAUCCUGCUGUUGACGAGCAUUUAAACAGGUGUCUCCGAAGACCGGAUGCUGGUGCAAAGUCUAUGCCAGAGGAUGAGUCUAAUCCUGAUUCUGAGAUUAUUGCAAAACCACGUGAAAUAAAGAGGAUUCCUCAUGAAGAUUCUUUAGAAAAUUUACAUGCUGCAUAUGGCAUUGAAAAAACCGAAAAUGGAACCUUGUUUGAAAAUCAAAAGAAUGAUAAGGGUGGUGGUGGUGGAGGUCCAGGAGAAUAUUUUGAUGUGGCCAAGACAGGUGAUGCUCGAAUUGGAUUUGUUGGUUUUCCAUCUGCGGGGAAGUCAACACUGCUUAGUAACCUGGCAGGGGUGUAUUCUGAGGUAGCAGCCUAUGAAUUCACUACUCUGACCACUGUGCCUGGUGUCAUCAGAUACAAAGGUGCCAAGAGCCAGCUCCUGGAUCUCCCAGGUAUCAUUGAAGGUGCCAAGGAUGGGAAAGGUAGAGGUCAUCAAGUCAUUGCAGUGGCCCAAACCUGUAACUUGAUCCUGAUUGUUUUGGAUGUCCUGAAACGCUUGGGACAUAAGAAGAUAAUUGAAAAUGAACUGGAAGGCUUUGGCAUUCACUUGAACAGCAAACUCCCCAGCAUUGGCUUUAAGAAGAAGGACAAGGGAGAGAUUAAUCUCACAGCCACUUGCCCCCGGAGUGAGCUGGAUGCUGAAACUGUGAAAAGCAUUCUGGCCGAAUACAAGAUUCAUAAUGCCGAUGUUACUCUACGUAGUGAUGCUACAGCUGAUGACCUCAUUGAUGAGGUGGAAGGAAACAGAGUUUAUAUCCCCUGUAUCUAUGUGUUAAAUAAGAUUGACCAAAUCUCUGUUGAGGAAUUGGAUAUCAUCUAUAAGGUGCCUCACUGUGUACCCAUCUCUGCCCAUCUCAGUUGGAAUUUUGAUGACCUACUGGAAAAGAUCUGGGACUAUCUGAAACUAGUGAGAAUUUACACCAAACCCAAAGGCCAGUUACCAGAUUACAUAUCCCCAGUGGUGCUUCCUUACUCCAGGACCACAGUGGAGGAUUUCUGCAUGAAGAUUCACAAAAAUCUUAUCAAAGAAUUUAAAUAUGCUCUGGUCUGGGGUCUCUCUGUGAAACACAAUCCUCAGAAAGUGGAUUCUUCUCAGAAACAACAGGCUUUGAAGGCUACAAGUGACAAGACAGAUUCUGUUUCAAAUAUAACCACAGAAAUAAAGGAUGGAAAAAAAUCUGGGACAGUGUCUUCUCAGAAACAACCUGCCUGGAAGGCUCUGUUUAAAAGGAAAGUUUCUCUUUCGAAUAUAGCCACAGGAACAGCAGAUGGGCAAAAAUCUGGAGCAGAGUCUUCUCAGAAACAACUGGCCUUGAAGACUACAAGUAACAAGAAAGACUCUGUUUCGAAUAUAGCCACAGAAACAAAGGAUGUACAAAAAUCCGGGACAGUGUAUUCUCAGAAACAGCUGGCCUUAAAGGCUACAAUUGACAAGAAAGAUUCUGUUUCGAAUAUAGCCACAGAAAUAAAGGAUGGACAAAAAUCUGAGACAGUGUCUUCUCAGAAACAACCAGCCUGGAAGGCUAUAAUUAAAAAGAAAGUUUCUAUUUCAAAUUUUGCCACAGGAAUAACGGUUGUUGAAAAAUCUGGAGCAGAAUAUCCUGAAAAUCUUCCCACCUUGAAGGUUACAAGUGAAAAUAAAGAUUCUGUUCUGAAUAUAGCCACUGAAAUGAAGGAUGUACACACACCCUUGCCAGCAGAACAAGACUUAGAAAUGGCAUCAGAGGGAGAGCAAAAGAGGUUUGAAGAAUAUGAAUAUAACCAGCCAUGGAUGAAAAACCAAAUACAUUUUAGGGAUGACCUUGAUGACAUAAUUGAGUUAUCUCAAAUAGCCUCAGAGGGUGAGGACUCGCUUUCCUCUAAGAAAGUUAUAUUACUAAUUGAUCAACAUGGAAUGCAGUGUAAAGAUUGUGUUCACCUAUUAAAAAUUAAAAAUGCAAUUUAUUUACGUGAAAGAUCAAUAGAAAAUCACUGUGAGCGACUUACAGGAAAAAUUCAAAAAAUGAAAAAUAAGAUUAGUAUACUACAAAAGAGACUAUCUGAAGAAAAGGAAAUAAUAUCACAGUUAGAGCAUGAAAAACCUGAAUGGGAAAAAAUACUCUGCAGUUUGAGAUAUGCCAUACCACAAGAAAAAGAGAAAGGAAGAAAUUCUGAAAAGUUGCACGAAGAAGUUAGGGAAAAGAUAAUAAUAGAAGAGCAAUAUGCGAUAGACGCCAAAGAGAUAAAACAACUUAAACUGGCCAUCACAUCACUGGAGGUGGAAUUGGAGACUGUGGAAAAUGAUUCAAAUCAGAUUUCUGAUAGUCAUGGAAAAGAAGACCUGUUGCCUAAAAACCACUUGAUGCAAGAUGAAAUUGCCAGGCUUAGGCUGGAAAUAGAGACAAUUAAAAAUCAAAACCUGGAAAAGAAAUAUUUAAAAGACAUUGAAAUUAUAAAAGGGAGGAAUGAAGACCUUCAAAAGGCUCUAAAAUGGAAUGGGGAAACAUUAACAAAAAUGAUCGCCCGUUCUAGUGGACGGCUUACUGCUCUGACAGAUGAGAACACAAUGCUCCGUUCCAAACUGGAGCAGGAAAAGGAAAGCAACCGAAGACUGGAAACAGAAAUUGAAUCAUACCGUUGUAGACUGAAUGCUGUUCUACGUGAUCAUGAUCAAAGUCAGUCAUCAGAAAGAGACCAAGAGCUUGCUUUCCAGCGCACAGUAGAUAAAUGGUGUCAUUUACAGGAAAAUUUGAAUUCUCAUGUUCUGAUUCUUUCUCAGCAACUUUCUAAAGCUGAGAGUAAGUCCAGUGGCCUCGAAACUGAGCUGUGUUACACAAGAGAGGCUCUGAAAGAAAAGACUUUGGUUUUUGAAUGCAUGCAAAGAGACCUAAACCAAACACAGUGUCAAAUGAAGGACAUUGAAAAAAUGUAUAAAAAUGGCCAAGAUAAAGUAGAAAAAUGCAUAGAAAAGCAGGAAAGAUUAUGUCAACUACAUAGACAAAGUAUGUUGCUUCAACAGCAACUGAAUGAUGCUCACAACAAAGCUGACAAUCAAGAAAAAAUAUUAAUUAAUAUUCAAGCCAAAUGUGAUGCUAGAGUACAAAAUGUUCAAGCUGAGUGCAGAAAGUGCUCUAUUUUGCUAGAAGAAGAGAAUAAGAGGUUGAUCAGUGAAGUUAAUCAUCUGAAAGAAAAACAAUGUCAGUAUGAAAGAGAGAGAGCAGAAAGAGAAGUACUUGUGAGACAACUUCAGCAAAAACGGGAUGAUGCCCUACACAAAGAAUCAACAUCAAAAACUUUGGUGGAGCGUCAUUGCUGUCGCUCCAUCCAUUUAGAAAGUGAGCUGGAGGAUUCAAAGAAGAAAGCAGGCCAGAUGAGAAGUCAAUUUCAGGGAAUACAGGAUCAACUUACAGCGACUUUAAGACGUACUGAGAAGACGCAAGGCCACAUACAGAAGCUUGAAAUGGAAAAUUCCGUGAUAAGAAAUAUAAUUAAAAACCAAGACGACCAAAUUGAACAGCUUCAGAAAAUCAUGCAAAAUUCAACUCUGAGGCAACAGGUGUUGCAAGAAAAUGAAACUACAGAAGUAGAUGAAGGAGUCCCCAACCCGCCAGCCACAGAGGGGUCCAAGACCGGUUCAGAGCCACGCUAUGAAUCUUGCAAAUGA